AUGUCGGGAUUGUCGCUCGCUGGAUCAACGGGAGGAGCUUCAACGGCGACUGCUCCACCGCCGUAUCAGGCUGUCAGCAUGAGUGCGGGAUCUGCAGGAAGACGAGCAGUGCCUGCGAGGCGGAGCAGUAUCGAGGACAAGCUUGCGCCGCUGGGCAAAUACGACCUGGUUAUCCUCGUCGACGACUCGCCGUCCAUGAUCGACUACUGGGACGAGACGCGAACGGCAUUGAUGGGUGUGGUUGAAGCGUGCGGGAAGUACGACCGAGACGGGAUUGAUCUGUACUUCAUGAAUAACGAGGACCGGAAACUCGAGAAUGUCAUCGACACGAAGGUCGUUGCGAGGGCGUUUCGCGAGAUUGAGCCGUUCGGGUCGACUCCUACCGGCGUCGUGAUGGACGAGAUCUUGCGGGACUACGUCGAGCGAGUUGAGGACGCGCGACAGACGAAGGAGCGGGUCAAGCCUCUACUCCUCCUAGUCUUGACGGACGGAAGGGCGGAUGAUACGGAUCUCGUUCGAGACGUGAUUGUCGAGAUGGCGCAACGACUCGACGAGGUUCGCGCACCACCGUACCAACUCGGCAUCCAGUUCAUCCAGAUUGGCGAUGAUCCGGACGCCCGCGCGUUUCUGCAAGAACUCGACGACGACUUGAAGCCUCAACUCGGCGUGCGGGACAUGGUGGACACGACACCUUACGGAGGACAGAUCACGCCCGAGUUCCUGCUCAAAGCGGCUCUCGGCGCGGUAGUCAAGAGCAUCGACGGCUAG